GAGAGAGAGAGAGAGAGAGAGAGAGAGAGAGAGAGUAAAAGUUGAAUUUCCAUUAUUGAAUGCAAGUUUUUCUUUAAAAAAAAAUGAAAAGAAAAGACUUUGCAGGUUUUGUUUACUUAUAUAUAGAAAGUUAGAAACUCAUAACUGUUAGAAUAUAUUCUGAAUAUAUUCAGAAUAUAUUCUAACAAUAACAAUAAUUGGCAUAAUGGAGAGUGGCAUAUUAUAUGUUCGUGUUGUUUGGUUAUAUAUCAAGAACUUGUAACAAUAAUUGGAAGUUUGGAACAAUGGAAAGUGGUGGAACAUACACAGGUAGUAGUAGUUCACACAUAAGUAGUUCUAACAUCUGGAGGAACAAUGCCAUGGAAAUUUUCUCAAGGUCUUCUCGAGCAGAAGACGAUGAAGAAGCUCUCAAAUCGGCUACUUUAGAGAGACUGCCUACAUAUUUACGUAUAAGGAGAGGUAUGCUCACUAAUACAGAGGGCCAAGCCAGAGAGAUUGACAUAAGGGCUCUUGGAUUACCUGCGAGAAAGGCUUUGUUAGAUAGGCUGGUGAAAAUUGCAGAAAAAGAUAAUGAGAAGUUCCUGUUGAAGCUCAAGGACCGCAUAGAUCGAGUUGGACUUGAUAUUCCAACUGUUGAAGUUCGGUUUGAGCACCUAAAUGUAGAGGCAGAGGUUUAUGUUGGAAGCAGAGCAUUGCCUACAAUAUGUAACUUCUUUAUCAAUAUGUUAGAGGGAUUCUUGAAUUGUCUUCACAUUCAACCAAGUAGAAAGAUACCCUUACCAAUCCUUCAAGAUGUGAGUGGCAUCAUUAAGCCUCAAAGAAUGACAUUGCUUUUAGGCCCCCCAAGCUCUGGAAAGACCACACUAUUAUUGGCUUUGGCAGGAAAACUCGGUAAAGAUUUAAAAUUGUCGGGAAAAGUUACAUACAAUGGACAUGGAAUGGAAGAGUUUGUGCCGCAAAGGACAUCAGCUUAUAUAAGUCAAUAUGAUCUCCACAUAGGAGAAAUGACAGUGAGAGAAACACUGGCUUUUGCAGCAAGAUGUCAAGGUGUUGGACCACGUUAUGAGAUAUUGGCAGAACUAUUAAGAAGAGAGAAGGGAGCAAAUAUUAAGCCAGAUCCUGAUGUUGAUAUCUACAUGAAGGCAGCAGCGCUAGAAGGACUGGAGACCAGUAUAGUUACUGACUAUGUUAUCAAGAUUAUGGGGCUUGAAGUAUGCGCUGAUAUUAUUAUUGGGGAUGAAAUGUUAAGGGGAAUUUCUGGUGGACAGAAAAAGAGAGUCACAACAGGUGAGAUGUUGGUUGGACCAGCAAGUGCAUUGUUCAUGGAUGAGAUAUCAACUGGUUUGGACAGCUCAACGACUUUCCAGAUUGUGAAUUCACUCAAGCAAUCCAUCCAUAUUCUCAAAGGAACAGCAAUUAUCUCUCUUCUCCAGCCACCUCCAGAAACUUAUGAACUAUUUGAUGAUAUAAUUCUUCUCUCAGACGGACAACUUGUGUUUCAGGGUCCCCGUGAAAAUGUGCUUGAGUUCUUUGAAUACAUGGGUUUCCAAUGUCCUCAGAGGAAAGGAGUUGCUGACUUCUUACAAGAAGUGACAUCAAGGAAAGAUCAAGAGCAGUACUGGGCACAUAAAGAUAAACCUUACAAGUAUAUUACUGUGAAGGAAUUUGCCCAAGCAUUUCACUUCUUCGACAUUGGUCGCAAACUUGAUGAUGAGCUUGCUACUCCUUUCAACAGCUCCAAAGGCCACCCUGCUGUUUUAACCACUAAGAAGUAUGGUGUUAGCAAGAAAGAGUUAUUCAGGGCUUGUCUUUGGAGAGAAUUCUUGCUUAUGAAGAGGAACUCCUUUGUCUACAUCUUCAAAAUGAGCCAACUUACUCUGUUAGCUUUUAUAACGAUGACAAUAUUUCUAAGAACUGAGAUGCAUCGAGAUACAGUGAAGGAUGGUGGUAUCUACAUGGGUGCUCUUUUUUUCACUGUACUUGUAGCUAUGUUUAACGGAAUAUCAGAGCUGAAUAUGGCCAUCAUGAAGCUUCCUGUAUUUUACAAGCAAAGAGACCUUUUCUUCUAUCCUUCAUGGGCAUACUCUCUACCCACAUGGAUCCUAAAGAUUCCAAUCACUCUUGUAGAAGUUGCCAUUUGGGUGGUGAUGACUUAUUAUGUCAUUGGCUUUGAUCCAGACAUUGGAAGGUUUUUCAAGCAGUACCUCAUAAUCUUGUGCAUUAACCAGAUGGCAUCUGGACUGUUCCGAUUUAUGGCUGCAUUAGGGAGGAAUGUGAUUGUUGCUAGCACAGUUGGGUCAUUCGCUUUACUUGCAGUGCAGGUUUUGGGAGGAUUCGUCAUAUCUCGAGAGGACGUGCAGAAAUGGUUGUAUUGGGCUUACUGGGUCUCACCACUGAUGUAUGGACAGAAUGCUAUAGCUGUGAACGAAUUUCUUGGGAAGAGUUGGAGACAUGUACCUCCUAAUUCCUCAGAACCAUUAGGAGUUUUGGUCUUGAAGUCUCGAGGUGUUUUUCCACAAGCAGAUUGGUAUUGGAUUGGAGUAGGAGCUUUGAUUGGAUAUAUGUUUCUGUUCAAUUUUCUUUUCACUUUGGCUCUAAAGUAUCUCAAUCCUUUUGGUAAGCCUCAGGCAGUACUAUCCAAAGAGACAUUGGCUGAGAGAAAUGCUGACAGAUCUAGAGAUUUCAUUGAGCUUUCAUCUAGAGGAAAGAGCUCUCCUGGUGGGUCAGAUUCUCGUUUCUGUUUCUACAUUCUAUUUAAACUACAACAUAUUUAUUGUGAUAACAAUGCAGAAGAAGGGACUGAAGUUCAAAGAAGUGUAUCAUCCAUGUCAUCAUCUGCAAGAGUUAGUAGAAUUGAUGAAUCUUACCAAAACAAGAAGAGGGGAAUGGUUCUUCCUUUUGAACCCCUAUCCCUCACUUUCGAUGAAAUCAGAUAUGCUGUAGACAUGCCACAGGAAAUGAAAAUUCAAGGUAUUCUUGAGGAUCGACUUGAAAUUUUAAAGGGUGUGAGUGGUGCUUUCAGGCCAGGAGUCCUAACAGCUCUUAUGGGUGUUAGUGGUGCUGGUAAGACCACUCUAAUGGAUGUCUUGGCUGGAAGGAAAACUAGUGGAUAUAUUGAGGGAAGCAUCACAAUAUCUGGGUACCCAAAGAAGCAAGAAACAUUUGCUCGCAUAUCAGGUUAUUGUGAGCAAAAUGAUAUCCAUUCUCCUCAUGUUACAGUCUAUGAGUCUUUGCUAUAUUCUGCAUGGCUUCGUUUAGCCCCUGAGGUUGAUUCUGCAACAAGAAAGAUGUUCAUUGAGGAAGUAAUAGAGCUUGUGGAGUUGACCCCAUUAAGGGAAGGACUAGUUGGAUUGCCCGGCGUGAAUGGCCUCUCAACCGAGCAACGCAAGAGGCUGACAAUUGCAGUUGAGCUUGUUGCCAACCCAUCUAUAAUAUUCAUGGAUGAGCCAACCUCUGGUCUUGAUGCCAGGGCAGCAGCAAUAGUAAUGAGAACAGUGAGGAACACAGUGGACACAGGACGAACAGUGGUUUGCACCAUUCAUCAGCCAAGCAUUGAUAUAUUCGAUGCCUUUGAUGAGUUACUUCUUUUGAAAGAGGGAGGGGAGCAACUAUAUGCAGGUCCAUUAGGCCGCCAUUCUUCCCAUCUCAUCAAGUACUUUGAGGAAAUCAAUGGAGUUCCUAAGAUUAGAGAUGGUUAUAAUCCUGCAACUUGGAUGUUAGAGGUUACUUCAGCUACACAGGAAGCAGCUCAUGGUUUUAACUUCAGUGACAUAUUCAAGAACUCAGAACUAUACAGGAGAAACAAAGCAUUGAUCAAGGAACUAAGUACACCUCCAAUGGAUUCCAAAGAUAUAUGCUUCAACACUAUCCACUCUCAAUCUUUUUUCAUGCAAUGCAUCGCGUGCCUAUGGAAACAGCAUUGGUCUUAUUGGAGAAACCCAUCAUAUAAUGCUGUGAGACUCUUAUUUACAACAUUCAUAGCUAUGUUGUUUGGGAUGAUAUUUUGGGAUCUUGGUUCCAAGAGGAGAAGGCAACAAGAUCUGUUCAAUGCCAUGGGUUCCAUGUACACUGCUGUUCUCUUUAUAGGAGUACAAAAUGGCAUGUCUGUGCAGCCAGUUGUGGCUAUUGAGAGAUCAGUCUUUUACAGAGAAAGAGCAGCUGGAAUGUAUUCAGCUCUGCCAUAUGCCAUCGGACAGGCUGUUAUUGAGCUUCCAUAUAUUUUCCUUCAGACUGUGGUAUUUGGGUUCAUAGUAUAUGCCAUGAUGGGAUUCGAAAGGACACUUAGCAAGUUCUUAUGGUAUCUUUUCUUCAUGUACUUCACCAUAUUAUACUUCACAUUCUAUGGGAUGAUGACCAUGGCCAUUACUCCCAACCACAAUAUUGCCGCCAUAGUUUCCUCUGCCUUCUAUGCAAUAUGGAACAUUUUCUCAGGAUUCGUUGUCCCCCAAACGAGGAUACCAAUUUGGUGGAGGUGGUACUACUGGGGUUGCCCCGUUGCUUGGACCUUGUAUGGAUUGGUUGCUUCACAAUAUGGAGAUGUAGAGGACGUACUUGAGUCUGGUGAAACUGUGAAAGAUUUCGUCAGGAGUUACUUUGGGUAUAGACAUGACUUUCUGGGUGUCGUUGCUGUAGUGAUUGUUUGGAUCCCAUUGUUUUUUGUAUUCAUCUUUGCCUUGUCAAUCAAGGCAUUUAACUUUCAAACAAAAUGAGUGUCUAAGUAUAGAUUUCAUGUAUAUGAUCCUUCCGGUAGUUGCAGAAGAUGUUGGAGCUACAGAAAUUAAUGAAAAAUUAUUGAACUCUUGGACAUUAA